CUCUCUUUCUCUCCUUGCAGCCCGCCCGCUCUCGCGCCUCCGCCUCGCUGCUGUUCCAUCGUCGACUCUGCCACGCUGCUCGCCCCGUCCGCUGCCCACCCCACGCCCCGCCCGAAAGCCAAAGCCCCAUCCGCCCGCGCCCGUCCAGCACACACCUUGGUGGUGGUGAUGCUCCUCGCGCCCACCUAGCCUUGCCCCAGGACCCACGAAGCCCGGCCCGAGCGAGCUGUCUGUCCCUCUGCCACCGCGCUCCUCUCCCCAAAGCCUGACCACCGCCCAACGCCCUCGACGCCCUGCCCGCGCACCGAAGAUACCCCAACCAGUAAACUAUUUACCGGCAACCAUCCCCAAAGCCAACGCAUCGCAACCCCCAGGCCCCAAUCCCGCCAUCCAAAGCUCCCCACGGUCGCUACGAGAGCCCCUCCCGGUCCGCAAACAUGGCUGCACAAGCAAACGGCGAUGCUCAGGUCAUGAGAAGGAAGCUGGUCAUCAUUGGCGACGGUGCAUGCGGCAAAACCAGUCUGCUCAGUGUCUUUACGUUAGGCUAUUUCCCCACGCGAUACGUUCCUACCGUCUUCGAGAACUAUGUCACCGACUGCCGUGUCGACGGCAAAUCCGUGCAACUUGCGCUAUGGGAUACCGCCGGCCAGGAAGACUACGAACGACUACGGCCUCUCGCAUAUUCCAAGGCUCACGUGAUCCUCAUCGGCUACUCUGUUGAUUCCCCGGAUUCCCUGGAAAACGUCAAGCACAAGUGGGCCGAAGAGGCUCAGGAGCGGUGCCCCGACGUACCCAUCAUCCUCGUAGGCCUGAAAAAGGAUCUGAGAGACGACCCUCUGGCGCAAGAGGAGAUGCGGAAGAAGAGCCUCAAAUUCACGACGCCCAAAGCUGGAAACGACAUGAAGGAAGCGAUUGGUGCGAGGAAGUACCUCGAAUGCUCCUCCUUGACCGGUGAUGGUGUCGACGACGUCUUUGAGGCGGCGACCAGAGCUGCACUGCUUUCUGUCGACAAGAGCGAGAGCAACGGCUGCUGCGUUAUUCUGUAAUGGGCCGGGUGCUUGCAGACUCUGGCAGCAUAUACCUAUCGCAUUGGGAGGUGUUUAAAGGCUUGCUUAUCUACUGGGCGUUUUUGACUGACCAAGCGUCCCUGGGUUUCUGGUUUUCCUUUUCGUCGGCCAAAAUUUUCCUUUUCUUCAGUUACAGCGGUAACGGUUGUAACGACGGAUGAUACCAUCGAUACGCUCUUUUGGGGUUUCUUUUAAUAGCGGCUGCCAGGCCGGCUUGAUUUACUGUUUAUUUGUUCUGCUUCACGGCUCAUAUCAUAUCCUUGGGCGGCUGUCCGUAUCCACCACCGUUCAGAGUGAACGCGGCCUGUCUCGUUGGUAAAAAGUGCGUUCGGUAUAUGUAUCGUAAUUGUGGAGAUAUUCUAAUAGCUAUUGACUUGCGCCU